GCUUCAUAGAACGGGGAUUAAUGCUGCGAUAUAUAGCAGACUUUAAUGUUACAGAACUGAAAUUCUUUUGUUUUCAUAUUAAAUUGAAAGGCAUAAAGGCAACUUUUGUAGAGAAAUAAUACAAACAGCAUGAAGUCACUGCUGCUACAAAUCGCGCUAAUAUUAACCGUUACCUUAAUCCUUAUGGUUGAGGGAAGGAAAGGUUGUCUGAGUGGCUGCUGCAGAUGCUUGCGAUGCUGGGAGAAGCAAAUGAAGUGUAAAGGCUAUGGAAGUAACUGCAGGUGCGUUGACGAUGACAUUAUAAUUGGCAUCAGCGGGCCGAGGAACGUCAUUGAUAAGAAAUACCAUGCCGUCGCCAAUGAACUGGGUGUAGAAAAAUCUCCUCCGAAGAAAAAAGCAAGUCAAACUGUUGAAACCACGGCUGAUGACAAUGCUGAAAGCAGGAGAGGUAAUUUUAAGGAAAAGGGCUAUAGAGUCGCCGAUGACAUACUUGAAGAAAAGACCGGACAUUCUACAGUGUUUGACAAAAUGAAUAAUCUUGUCACCAAUCUCUGGACAGGGACCACCGAGCUUCCUAGAGUUUUCAUUCAAAAGAAGUCUGGUGUUGAUAUCUAUUCAAAUGAAGUUGAGGAAGGAGAUGCUACAGUAUUUGACCUUAAAAAUGCUGAUGUCAGCGAUGGCAUUGUCCAGGACAAGAGUGAACCACCGUAUACGUUAAAGAGAAAGGACAAAAACGCUAAUGAAAGAAAGUUCGCGACUAGUUUUGGAGAAAGGGAAGUGGACACUAAGGCUGAUAUAUCUAAACAUGAAAGUAACGACGUUAAAGAGUUUAACAACGACAAACAACGGACAAGCGAGAAUAAUGAUGUUGAUAAGGAUAAGCGUGUUAUAGCAAUGCUAGCUCAGAUACUUCGUCGGUUGAAGAGUGUACAAAAGAAACGAGAAGGAGGACAGGUCAAUGCUGCGUCAAAAGGUAUUGAAGAUGAAGUGCUAGACCAAGGAAAAGUUCACGCACACUUCAAGUUUUCUGGUUCUGCGACAAAUGUUAAUAAUCGAAAGGAAUUCACAAUAGGAGGACUUGAAGAAAAAGGGCUAUACGAAGACAAAAGACACACGCACUUAAACAUGGCUAAGCUAUCUGGUGCGACAAAAGCAAAGACUCUCCAUGCUUCAACUUAAUUACAACAGGGCGAAAUUGAAAUAACAAAGACAAACGCCAAACACAAUUUUAUAUUGCAAAAAAUCAAAGAGGCUGCGACUUAAUCAAAUAAUACCCGAGCUCUUUAGUAGCUAUAGUGGUUGAAGUAAUUUUAUAAACGAUGUAGACAAACAGAAGGUGAUGGGUUUGUUAUUUGAUAAAUCAAGUAGUUAACAUGGACACUUAUAUAACAUUGGCUUAAAUAUAAAAGCAUGAUUUGAUCAAAAGCGUGUGCUCAAAUUUUGCUUUUUACCAAGAAAGCGUUUGGUGACACAGACAUAUUCAACGAAACUUGAUUCUAAAUGGUUUAUACAUAAUUUCGUCCACUACAGUCGUGCAGAGUCGAACGCGUAUUAUUUGACAUUUGGCUGUAGGAGUUUGUUCAUAUUAUUUCAUUAUUUAAAGUUGAUGCUGUUUCUGAUGAGUCAUAUUUGCAAUUUAAUUCUGAAAUUAAUCCUACAUAAGACAAGUGGAUAUUGCUAAACUAAUCUUGGUAAACUAAUUUAAACUCUUUAGUAGACUCGAGUGCCAGCAUGUUUGAUUUUCAGUUAUCAUUUAAAGGCUGAAAUCUCAUUAUUUAUCAGGGCAGCACAUGUGAUCCAUAUGUGGUCAGUUUGUGGUGUUUGUACGUAAUUAUGUUGUGUUGGCACGUUUGUGUCUCUCGUCCAGGGGCUCUAAACAGGGUCUAAAUAAGACUCGUCCAGGGACUCUAAACAGGGUCUAAAUAAGACUUGUCAUUGCAGUUUUUCUUGUAGUAUUCGAAUAUAUUGAUAAACUAUAUUGUAUUUAACAUUAUGAGAUAAAACUAUUAUGUGACAGAAUCACACAUGUUCAAUUUCACGGUUAUUAACACAUAAAACCGUCAGCUCGUACAUUAUCCAGAAAAGACUUACAAUGGAUAAAAAAUGCGAUCACAAGUCGUAUAAGUCUUUUAUAGUGUCUUAAAUGUGUUUUGUACUCAUCAACUUAAACAGUUACCGUUGAAUUUGUUUUAAAAGAACAAACUAGAA